CAUACCGCGUGCAGCUUCCGUUUUAAAGUCGAACAGAAGACGACUUUAAAAAAUAUCUAUCUUUUAUCAGUUUAUUACAUUUCUCUUCAGGAUAAUUGUCAUAACCAUGGCAACAUCUGAUGAUAAAAACAUAAGAAAAACAUUUUCUGUACUUGAAAAUGCUAAGACAGAUAAUGAAAGAUUUGCAGCCUUGCUUCUGUUUGCAAAGACUACCAAUGCCAAACAGUUGUCAUUGGAAGACAGAAAAAGAGCACUUGAUGCCAUUGGAGUUACGUUCUUCAAUAGAUUAUUGAAAUCAAAAAACAUUCCAGAAGAUUGUGAAGUCGAUGUUUACAGAAGUUUAGCAUUGAAAAUUCUAUCAGGCUUAUGUGGUGAUAAUCAGCUGGUAUUAGAAUUUGAAGUUUAUAAAAUCCUUAGAAGUAUAAAUGACAUUAUAACAGACAGUGACAGUCAGGAAGAUAUGAUAAUAGAUUGUUAUGAUUUACUGUCAGCUUUUGCACAAACAGAAGAAGGUUCUAUAAAACUGGUGGAUUAUGGGACAGUAACUGCCUUGUCUGAAGUAAUUACAAAACAUUUACCUGGCUGUGAAAAAGGACAAGUUAUCUUACAAUCAGUACUACAUCUUUGUGGUGAUUAUGCAUGGAAGAAAGAUACUCCAUCAAUGCAGGUUGUAUUAGAACAUUUCUGUAAUCAACUGGAAACUUUUCAGGAUGAAAGAAAGUUUGAGCUAUGUGCUGUUGUGUCUGGAAUAGUGUCAUCUUUGCCUAAAGAUGUGGCUAAGAAGUCACUACAGAGAACAUGGUUUAAAUCUUUGGUGCAUGCAUUGGCAGAUAUGUUUACCAGUAAAUUAGGUCAACCUCAGAGAGACCCUGCCCUUAGACUGGCAUCAAGUGUCCUUGACAAGCUAGGUGUAGAAAGUAUAUUACCACCAAAUAGAGAUGAUUGUAAGCUGUUACUGGUCAUAAUCCAUCUAAGCUGCAUAGAAGUUAGAAUCUCAUUAGAGAAUCUUACUCCAGAUCAGAUAAUGACUAAAGCAGAUACUUUAGUGUCCUGUUAUAACUUAUUAGAAUUAAUAAUUUGUCACAUGACCUCUGCUCCAUCAUUAAAAUUGGAUGAAAACCAGGUUUUACAGCUUCACUCAGCCAUGGAAGGAGCAUUUAAUUCAGUUAUAUUCUAUCUAAGGGAGCAGUCGGAACUUGAAAUACAGAGAGUAGAUCCCAGUCAAAUAGUACUAGCUUCAGUUAGAGUAUUAGGAUCAUGGGUAGCAGAGGAGACUUCAGCUCUCAAAGCAAGAGUACAAGAAAUUCUACCUUUUAUUCUUAAAUUAUGUAAGUGUCAACUGAAAUGCACAAAGACUAAGAGACUCUCUCUAAAGAAAAAAUCUGUAAAAUUCAAAAGUGACACAGAGGAUCAUUCGGAAUCAACUUUAUCAUCAGAAUUGGAGUCUUGUACUAUCACUCAGGAAACAACAGAAAAUAGUAUCAUUCCACAAAAUGUUGACCUCAGCAAGGAUAGUAGUGAUAAUCAUAGGGAUAUUACAUCUGACAAUGUCAAAGACUCAUCUUCUUAUCAUGUUUCAGAUUCAGACAAUUCUGAUCAUAAAUGCUUAGUUAAUCAAGACUCAUUGAACAGUGAUUCCACAUGUACAAGUAGUGAUGAAAUUGAAAAGUUAGAAAUAAACAAAAGUGAUCAAUCUGUGUGUUCUAACUCUAGCAGUAGUGGUAUGUCAGUAUCAGGGGACAUUAAUAUCCGCAAUGUAGAUUUGAUUGGAUUUUUACUACCAGGGUUUUGUCACAUGACGGCAGAAGAUUUGUCCAGAAAGAUUUUAUUAGACAAUGAUUUACAUUCUGUUUUAUCUCUUUACUUUAAAAAUUGUGUUGAUGGUUUAGAAGAAAAAUUUGAAGAGGAUAUUUUGAGAAGUAUGGAAACUUUAUGUGGAGUUUUCCUAAACUUAGUUGUCUUGGAACCAGAAUUGAUAGCAGAGAAUGAGGAAUUACAUAAAGUUACACAAAGUAUAUUCAAAUGUGCAAAACUUAUCAGUAAUAAAGAAGAUACUUUGACAUUGUGGGCCAAUAUCAUAACUCUUGGUGUAUUCUUCCUAAGACAGCAAGCACAUGUUAAGUAUGAUAAAGAUGAUCUGACCAAAUUUUUUUCCAUGGUUGUAAGCUUUAUAAAAGCUCCAUAUACAAGUUUAACGGUAGACAGUGCAGAAGUUUUAUCUGUAGCAGAGUUGUAUAUACCAGUGUGGGAUAGUAUAUACCAGCUCUGGUAUCUAUGUAUUCAAGCCACAACAUCAUGUCUGCCUAUGUAUCCUACCUUAGUGUAUGCCAUGAUGUCUACAGGAUUCUUGCCACAUAUCAUUAGACUGUUAAAUAAAGUACAUGGCAGAAAUGUAGACGAGGACACCCUCCUUUGUCUGAUUGGUGUUAUUACAUCAUUGGUUACCACAGAGGUCAAAGCUAUAGAUGUUCUCAGGAGUUGUGGUGGAAUGGAAUUCUCUAGGUUGUACAAUUGUUCUGAAUUGGAGAAGCUCAUUGAACAGUAACAGAAGAGACUAAAUUUAGUGCUGUGAUAUUAUUAAAUUUAGUAAAAUG